AUGGAUUGGCGGCCCGCCGAGGAGUCCCAACCAGAGCCGAAGAGGGCCAAAAUGAAUUUUCAUCCAAUCUUGAGUUUUUCAGAAGAGGACAAGAUCGGAACCAUCCAGCCCCACGACGAUGCGCUGUUGAUCACUCUCAGAAUCGGGGACUACGAUGUGAAAAGAGUGAUGGUGGAUGGUGGCAGUGGGGUUGAGGUUAUGUACCUCGACCUCUACAAGGGGCUGGGGUUAAAACCGGAAGAUUUGAUACCCUAUAACUCUCCUCUGAUGAGCUUCGACGGGAAGCUUGUCAUUCCAAAGGGUAUGAUUAGGCUUCCUAUCCAGACCGACCUAGAGAUAGUAGAGGUGAACUUUAUCCAGGUGGACACCUACUCUCCCGACACAGCCAUCGUCGCUAGGGACCAAGUUCUCGAAAUCCGUGGUUGCCAAUCCACGGCAAGGCAGUGUGUGGUGGCUGCCAUCUCACAUUGGCUCGAUGUAGAGUCCUUGGCCUCUGCUGAAAAGAAUUUAUCGCAAUCAAGGGCCCCGGUUUCGCCUCCUGAUACAGCUGCCAAGGAGGCGAAAUGCAAAGAUCUGAAGGAGAUGGAGAAAGAGGAGUCGAUUGAGUUUCUCAAAAUAAAUAUUGAUGUAUUUGCAUGGGAUGCCUGCGAUGCUCUCGGGAUUGAUCCAGCCUUCAUCUGUCACCAUCUCAAUGUCAACCUGUCCAUCACUCCCAAGAAGCAGCCACCCCGUCGCCCAUCAAGAGAGCACGCCGAUGUGAUUAGGGAUGAAGUGGCAAAGCUUAAGUGUGCAGGGGCUAUCAAAGAGGUUUUUUACUCCAAAUGGUUGGCCAACACCGUGGUGGUCAAGAAUAAAAGUGGGAAGUGGCGGGUUUGUGUAGACUUCAUGGACCUAGAAAAAGCUUGCCCAAAAUACCCGUUCUCCAUGCCUCGGAUAGACCAGCUGGUGGAUGCAAUGGCAGGCCAUCCUCUGAUGAGCUUCUUAGAUGUCUUUCAAGGCUAUCAUCAAAUACCAUUAGCCCUGGAGGAUCAGGAGAAGACAACCUUCGUGACACCUACUGGGAACUAUCACUACAAAGUAAUGUCGUUCAGUCUGAAGAACACAGGGUCCACUUAUCAAAGGAUGAUGACAAUAAUGUUUGAACAACAGUUGGGCAAAAGCAUCGAAAUCUAUGUUGAUGAUAUGGUUGUGAAGAGUAAAGUGGUGUUCAAGCAUUUAGGGGACCUCAGUAGGACCUUUGAUGUUUUAAGGAAGCACAAGCUACGCCUAAAUGCUUCCAAAUGCUCAUUUGGCGUGGGAUCAGGCAAAUUUUUAGGCUACAUGGUUACUCAUAGGGGAAUUGAGGUUAACCUUGACCAGAUUAAAGCUAUUAAUAAUUUAAAACCACCGCGAAAUGCCAAGGAGGUUCAAAAGCUUACUGGAAUGAUCGCAGCCCUAAAUCGAUUCAUUUCUAGGCCGGCGGAUAGAUGCAGACCGUUCUAUCUUUUGAUCAAUAAGUGGAAAGGAUUUGAGUGGUCCGAGGACUGUAUUGUGGCCUUCCAGCAACUCAAGGAAUACCUAUCACAACCACCUAUCAUGUCCAGUUCUGAGGCCGAUGAAGUCCUGUACGCAUAUAUUGCUGUGGCCCUUCAUGUUGUGAGCUUGGUGCUAAUACGGGAUGACAAUGGCCUUCAAAAGCCAGUCUAUUACGUGAGCAAGUCGUUGCAUGAAACUAAGAUCAGAUACUUACCCCUGGAGAAAGCCAUACUGGCUGUGGUCCAUGCUACUCGAAAGCUUCCCCAUUAUUUCCAAGCCUACACAGUGGUUGUUCUAACCCAACUACCCUUGAAGUCCGUACUUCGGACCGCUGAUUACACUGGAAGGAUUGCCAUAUGGAGCACAAUCCUGGGAGCUUUUGACUUCAAGUACAUGCCUCGAACCUUCAUAAAGGGCCAGGUCCUAACUGACUUGGUGGCCGAAUUUGCUGAACCACCAGUAGAAACAGCAACAGAGGAGUACAACAUGGAUGAAAAAUCGGUUGGCGUAAUCUCUAUGCCAAGACCCCUAUGUUGGAAGGUGUACGUUGAUGGCGCAGCAAAUCAAAGGGAGUUCGGAGUAGGGCUAGUCCUGAUAUCUCCUGAAAAGACUACCAUAGAGAAAUCCCUGAGACUGGGGUUCUCGGCCACGAAUAACGAAGCCGAAUAUGAGGCCUUGUUACAAAGAAUAACCAUGGUGCAGAAAAUGGGAGGAAAAACAAUAGAGAUGUUCUCGGACUCUAGACUAGUAGUGGGCCAGGUCGAAACUGAGCCAUUGGCAAACAUCAAAGAUGUGGAUGCUAAGAAAUUCAUCUGGAGAAACAUUGUUACACGAUUCGGGGUCCCUCAUACCCUCAUUUUAGAUAAUGGACUCCAAUUUGACAGCAAGGCCUUCAGAAGAUAUUGCUGCGAGUUGGGGAUCUCUAACAGGUACUCAACUCCAACUUACCCCCAAGGAAAUGGGCAAGCCAAGGCUGUCAAUAAGAUCAUAGUCAAUGGGCUUAAGAAGAGACUGGAUGACGCCAAGGGAAGAUGGGUAGAAAAGCUGCCGCACGUCUUAUGGACUUACCAGACUACACCACGACGGUCAACUUAG